UUCAUCUCUUUCCCUACCUCAUCAUCUCGCUUGCUCUUUUCCAUGGCAAAUUAACAAACAUGGUGAUGCAUGCUGUUGACGCUCAAAGGACGAGAAACAUCAUACCCUCUGCCAUCGACAAGAAGUUAGAUCGACUCCGUCGGAUCGUGCAGAUUAAGCAAGUGAUGCGGCGGUGGCGGGCGCUCACCCUCCGCCGCUGGCCCUCCGUCCCCGGCGGCGGUGGCCGGGGAGGAGGAGGAGGAUCUGUAGCGGUGUACGUUGGUCCCGAUCGGCGCAGGUUCUCGGUACCGGCGCGGUUCCUCAACCUCCCCGUCUUCGCGGCGCUGCUCGAGAGGGCGGAGGAGGAGUACGGCUUCCAGCCGGCAGGCGGCCUCGCUAUCCCCUGCGACCCGGUAUUCUUCCGCUGGGUCCUCGACACGCUCGGCCGCGACAAGGCCCGAUUCGCCCCGCUCGGCCUCGACGCUCUCCUCGCCCUUUUCGCCGCCGGCGAUGCCACUUCCGCCUGCAGGGACGCUGCCACCUCCAAUGCCCUCUCUCCAUUGCUCCCCAAAACUAGGGCUUGAUCGUUACUCUUCUGUCUUUUCCUUCGUACGGAGUGGAAGAUCCAUCCACGAGAUCCUCAACAGUGACUCAAGCGGAACACGAGUCCCUUUUUGAGUAAAACUUGGCCUUCUUCUUCCUCGUUAAAAAUUGAGUUUUUACUGCUGAUUUAUAAGUCAAUUGCUAAAUGGGUGCUUUCUUCAAGAUCGUUGUUUUCUCUCCGAAUCAUCUGCAGUGUAAGAUUUGUGCACCCGAAGUCAGAUUUGUCUAUUGUGCUUUCUGUAAAAGAUCCCUUUUGACUUGUGUUUCA